AUGGGUGCUCUGGAUCACAUUUCUGAACUAUUCGACUGUUCCGGUGGCAGUUCCCAUCACAAAAAACGCAAACAGUUACAGACGGUGGAAGUGAAAGUGAAGAUGGACUGUGAAGGAUGUGAGAGAAAAGUUCGAAGGGCGGUGGAAGGAAUGAAAGGGGUAAACCAAGUUGAUAUAGAACGGAAAGCAAACAAAGUAACUGUUGUUGGUUAUGUUGAACCAAACAAAGUGGUGGCGCGUAUAGCUCACCGCACUGGGAAGAGAGCUGAGAUAUGGCCGUAUGUUCCAUACGACGCCGUUGAACACCCGUACGCGCAAGGUACGUAUGAUAAGAAAGCACCUGCUGGUUAUGUUAGAAACAACUAUGGUGAUAAUCAAUAUUCUGGAUCUCAUCUAGCGCGUGCUAGUUCCACUGAGGUUCGUUACACCACCGCUUUCAGCGACGAGAACCCCGCCGCAUGUGCAGUUAUGUGA